UCUCCGAACGCCAACGACGUGACCUUGACCCGAUCCCCCUCUCGCCUGCGAGCUUAAAUACACCUCCUCCCUCGCAUGGCGAAGCUUCCCUCAACUUAACCACGCCACCGUUUGUUUAAUUUCAUAUUUUCAUCGAUGGCUCCCGGAGUACUAAUGCUCAGCGGCAGCUGGUGCCGGCGGUGGAGACCGGUCCUGGUGAUGCUCGCCAUCGACGCGGCCUUCGCCGUGAUGAACAUCAUGAUCAAGAAGGCCCUCGACGCCGGCACCGACAGGCUCGUCCUCAUCACACUCCGGCAACUCGUCGCCGCCGUCGUCUUGGCGCCCAUCGCCUACUUCCGCGAGAGGAAGAUGAGACCGAAGCUGACGACGGAGAUCUGCGUUCAUCUUUUCUUCAGCGCAGCGCUCGGAGCUGCUCUGACGCAGUACCUCUUCCUCGUCGGAUUGCAGUACACUUCGGCGACCUUCGCCUGCGCCUUCGCCAACAUUCUUCCCGUCCUCACGUUCCUCGUGGCGCUGCUCUUCCGGCUGGAGACUCUGAAUCUGAAGCAGGCAGUGGGGAUCUCGAAGGCGGCAGGUGCAGUCGUGUGCAUUGCCGGCGCGCUGGUUCUCUCGCUGUACAAGGGCGUGGCCUUGACGUCGAAAGCGGCCUCCGGAGGACACGCCGGCGGGGGCGGCUACAGCUCGAGGCAGCGCGCGACGGCGACUUGCACGUUGUUCGCGGCGUGCCUCUGCUACGCCUCGUGGUUCCUGAUCCAGUCCAAAGUGGGAAAGAAGUACCCGGCGAUCUACUCCGGCGCCGCGCUCACCUUCCUCAUCAGCUUCCUUCAGGCGGCGGCGCUGAGCUUGGUCCUCCAGCGAGGCUUCGCCAUGUGGCUUCUCAAGUCCAAGUUGGCCAUCGCCACGGUGCUGUAUUCGGGAGUGGUGGGAUCAGGAAUAGGGUUCUUGGCCAUGUCGUGGUGCGUGGAGAAACGAGGCCCUCUCUUCGCUGCCGCAUUCACUCCUCUCAUUCAGAUACUCGUCGCAGUCAUCGACACAUCGUUUCUCCACACCCCGCUUUACCUGGGAAGUGUUUUGGGGUCUGCUCUGGUGAUUUCUGGCCUGUAUUUUGUGCUGUGGGGGAAGAGCAAGGAGACACAGACACAGACGCAUACGGCGAAACCAACGGAAUGCAACGAAGAGAAUAAAGUGCAACAGCAGCAAAUAGUGUAACUGAUGCAAAGGGAAUCUACGGAACGAGUGGAUCAUUUGAACUGCACUCGGAGAAAGGAGAGGAAACAAAGCGUUUAAUUUGGGCUGUUGUUUUUUGGCAUCAAGGACGAUCCUCGUCCUGCGGUCGUAAAGGCUGUUGUUUAGUUCCUUGCUCUAGUCGCGCCAGAAGAGGAAAAUAAGAUGCAUCAGCUUUAGGUCUAUGGCAUUAGACUAGCAAAUAAAUUGUUAUAAUAAUUGUCGUAAAAGUGCCUCGUGUUUUACUAAUAA